AAUCGUAACAAAAAAAUGUAGAUGUCAAAGAUUCUGAGAUGUCAAAAUCCAAUGUUGAUAGUGAUGGUUUUCAAAUAGUAAAAUCGAAACGUUCUACUAAAAACAAACAAACCAAAGUUCCUCCGAAGAACUUGCAAUUUCACGGGGAGGAUGUAAAUAUUGACGUCGCAACAUCCGUGUGCCGAAUACAAUCAUCUGUGGAAGAAUUAAAGGUUUCUGAAUACUUUAAAAGCAUAACUAAUACUGUGAGUAACUUAUUACAAUCCAGUAACGGCGUAGAAAUUGUAUGCUUUGGACUUGGUCAUAUAGCAGAGUGUAAUAUUUCGAGAUACCAAUUAGGUCUGUUAUUGUGUUUGAAAGAUCUUUGUAAAGCUGAAAAGGUGUUAGCACAUGAUCCUAUAUUCUAUAAAAGUGAGUGUGCCGUGUUAAAAGAGUUAGGUAUUGACGUUAUUGCAGAAAAUAAUGAAGGUUGUUAUGUAAUUUCUGAUGAAAAAAUAACUAUAUUUUAUUUACCCCAUUGCCCAAAGCAACUGACUAAUAAUCUACUAUGGAGUAAUUGGACUGUAAAUCUAAGUAACUGCAUAUUGAUUUGCAAUAGUUUUACAUCAUUGGUAGAGAGACAACCAAGUAGAGUGUUGUCGGAAACUGUACCAUACAUCCAAAAAAUAUUUCCGCACACUUCAGAAGUCAUAUUAGAAAACAACUUCCAAUUCACUGAUAUCUUUAAUGAUAUUUCCAUUCAUCAUUUCCCUAAGGAGAAGUUAGAGAAACUUGAAUCAGAUUUCUGGAUAAAUAAAGAAAAACCAUCAUACAAUAAUACAGAAGAAUUCAUAACAUCUCUCAUGAUAGAGAAACUGAACAUUUAAUUUGU